AUUUAUUUAAGCGUAUCGUUCAGACUAGAAUCUUACUUUUUUCCAAAAUGGAAAGCCGUCUAUUGCUUUGUAUUUUAUUAUCAAUUCCUGCCUUUGCAUCAUCAGACCUUUUGGUAACACAUGUCAGAAACAUUAAGAAGCGAAAUGCUGAAAAUGACUUGGUUGUCAAUGGGAUAGAAAUCUAUAGCAUGAAAAUUGACAGUAAAGUAACUUCCCGAUUUGCCCGCAAUGUCAUCACCAGUCGAGCUGUCAAUCGUGGAAAUGUGCACAAAGAAGUCUUCUUUGAUGUUGAACUCCCUAAAACAGCCUUCAUUACCAACUUCAGCAUGACAAUUGAUGGUGUCACUUACCCUGGAUAUAUAAAAGAAAAAGAAGCUGCCAAACAGGAGUAUGAGAAAGCUGUUUCAAAGGGACAGACUGCUGGUCUUGUCAAGGCUUCAGGAAGGAAAACAGAAAAGUUCACUGUUUCAGUCAACAUUGCAGCAGCCAGUAAAGUCACUUUUGAACUCACAUAUGAGGAACUGCUGAAGCGACAGUUUGGAAAAUAUGAGAUGUUCAUCAAAGUAAAACCGAAGCAGCUUGUCAAAGACUUUGAGAUUGAUAUAAGUAUCUUUGAGCCACAAGGCAUCACUGAGCUGGAAGCGGAAGGAACAUUCAUCACCAAUGAUCUGCAAAAUGUCAUUAAAAAAACUUUUUCAGAUAAAAAGGGGCAUAUUUCUUUCAAGCCAACUCUUGAUCAGCAGCGAACCUGUGCAAAUUGCUCGCAGUCUCUCUUGGAUGGAGAUUUUACUGUAAAAUAUGAUGUGAAGAGAACAACUCCAGAUAAUUUGCAGAUUGUUAAUGGUUACUUUGUACACUUCUUUGCACCAACAAAUCUUCCACAGUUGCCCAAGAAUAUUAUUUUUGUAAUAGAUAUUAGUGGCUCAAUGUCUGGAAGAGAAAUAGAACAGACAAGAGAAGCACUUCUAAAAAUCUUAGAUGACAUUAGAGAUGAUGAUUUCUUCAAUUUCAUACUGUUUGGUAGUGAUGUACACACUUGGAAAGAAAAAUUAAUCAAGGCCACUCCUGAAAAUUUGGAUGAAGCAAGGAAGUUCGUUCGGGGCAUUGACACUGAAGGCAUGACAAAUUUAUAUGGUGGUAUGAUGAAAGGAAUUGAGAUACUGAAUGCUGCUCAUGAAGAAAAGUUUGUGCCCAAGAGAAGUGCUUCUAUAAUUAUCAUGUUAACAGAUGGCCAACCAAAUGUAGGCAUAUCAAAUACUGAGGACAUUCGGACACAUGUGAAAAAAGCCAUUGAAGGAAAAUACCCUUUAUACAAUCUUGGUUUUGGCUAUGGUGUUGACUAUGGUUUCUUAGAGAAAAUGGCACUAGAAAAUAAAGGAUUGGCCCGUCGGAUUUAUCCUGACUCUGAUUCAGCUUUACAACUUCAGGGUUUUUAUGAUGAGGUGUCCAAUCCCAUGCUCAUGGAUGUGGAGUUACACUACCCAGAAAAUGAAAUAUCAGGCUUAACUAAAAACAGUUUUAAGCAUUUCUAUGAUGGGUCUGAGAUUGUGGUGGCUGGACGCUUUGCAGACAUCAACCAAAACAGUUUGACUGUAGAUGUGAAAGGUGAAGGUGCUAAUGAUGUCCUGUCAUUUACUACACAACAAGAUGCAGAACAAACAGCUAAAGCUUUCCAAGAACAGGAAUACAUAUUUGGUGAUUACAUUGAAAGGCUCUGGGCUUAUCUCACAAUUGAACAACUCCUGGAAAAACGCACUGCAGCUACUGGAGAAGAAAAGGAGAAUCUUACAGCUGAAGUCCUGGAUCUCUCACUAAAGUACAAGUUUGUAACACCACUGACAUCCAUGGUGGUAACAAAGCCAGAAGACUAUGACAAUCAAGCUGGGAUUGCUGAUAAAACGACUGAAGCUGAAGCACAAGCUGCCCCAGUUGUUAUGCAGGCUCCACCAUUAUUUUUAUCAAGGCCCGCAUGGUAUACUAGUGUUGAUGGCGAUCCACACUUCAUUAUAUCAGUGCCACAAAAAGAGGAUGCCAUUUGUUUCAAUAUCAAUGAAAAACCAGGCGAUGUGUUAAGUUUAAUAAAUGACCCAGUUACAGGCAUCACAGUCAAUGGAGAACUCAUUGGUGAUAAGAGAGCAAAUAGUGAUGCAAAUUCACAAAAUACAUAUUUUGGAAAACUUGGCAUUGCAAACAAAUAUCUGAAUUUAAAAGUGACAGUAACUUCUGAGAAGAUCACAAUUCAGAAUGGCAAUGAAAAGACAGCUUUCACCUGGCUUGACUCAGUCACAUUGCAACAAGAAGGUUUAACUUUGAUAAUUAACAAGGAAAAAAAUCUGGUGCUCUCAAUGGGAGACGGUGCAUCAUUUGUUAUUGUUUUGCACCAAGUAUGGAAGAAACAUCCUCUCCACCAGGAUUUCUUAGGACUGUAUACAUUGAAAAGUCAUAAACUGUCUGAACAGACCCAUGGAUUAUUAGGACAAUUUUUCCACCCCAUUGACUUCACCAUACUUGAAAUCCAUCCUGGGUCCGAUCCGAAGAAACCAGAUGCCACGAUGAUUAUUAAAAACAAGGAACUGACAGUAACAAGGGGCUGGCAGAAGGAUUACAGAAAAGAUCCUAAGCAUGGCAUUGAUAUUCCUUGCUGGUUUGUUCAUAAUAAUGGAGCUGGGCUAAUAGAUGGUGUUCAUACAGACUAUCUUGUUUCCAGUCUGUUUUAAACAACUACCUCCAAAGUCAUGCAUACAAAGAGUACUUUUCUGAAAGAAUAGUACUUUUCACUGCUGAAAAAGUGUUAAUAAAGAAGCGUUAAUAAUACAUAUGCUUGCCAUGUUUGAAAAUACCAAGAUAUGAUAGAUUCUCCUAGUUUUACUGUAUUUGUGAUCAAAUUCAGCACUAAACAGCUAUUCCUCAUAUCCUCAAAUACCCUUACUUUACUAUAUUACUUUACUAGUUUUAAAAUUAUAAUUUUACUUUGUAAGUCAUAACAGAAAUAUUCUAUACAAUUUUAAAUUAAUUAGUGAGGUUAAAGAGUGAUUUAAAUAAAAGCAUCAACAUUUAA